AUGGAAUAUAACGAUUUUACCGACGACUCUGAACCUGGUUUACCAGAAGAAAAAGGAUAUGGAACCGCACCUGUUCCUCUUCGCAAAAUGCGGGAAGCCUCCAGUGCGGAAACUCUCGCUUUUCGCCAUGUGGGGAUCACAUAUCCUCCAAGCAAGGGCGCCGAAUGGAGUAUGACACCCCAGCUGAUUCAACAACAAGAGCGUGAAACUGCAGCAGGCUUCAAGAAACGCGAGCUCGGUGUCACUUGGGAGAACCUUACAGUGGAAGUCCCCGCUGCUUCGGCGUCCGUCAAGGAGAAUCAGUUCUCUCAAUAUAACAUACCUCAACUCAUCAAAGACUGGCGCCAGAAGCCACCAAUGAAAUGUAUUUUGAAGGACAGUCAUGGCUGUGUGAAGCCAGGAGAAAUGCUAUUGGUCCUAGGCCGCCCUGGAUCCGGAUGUACCACCCUCCUCAAAAUGCUUUCCAACCGUCGUGAAGGAUACCACAACAUUACAGGCGAUGUGCGGUUCGGAAACAUGACUGAGCAAGAAGCUGCUCAGUAUCGAGCCCAGAUUGUGAUGAAUACAGAAGAGGAGCUCUUCUAUCCACGAUUGACGGUCGGACAGACAAUGGAUUUUGCUACUCAGCUCAAAGUUCCUUCUCAUCUCCCAGACGGUACCGAGUCAAAUCAAAGUUAUGUGGCCGAGACGAAACAAUUUCUUCUCGAGUCCAUGGGAAUUGCGCAUACAUUUGAGACGAAAGUCGGAAAUGAGUACGUGCGCGGUGUGUCCGGUGGCGAGCGGAAACGUGUAUCAAUUAUCGAAUGUCUGGCUACCCGAGGAUCGAUAUUCUGCUGGGAUAACAGCACGCGUGGCCUUGAUGCAAGCACGGCGUUGGAGUGGGCCAAGGCUCUUCGAGCCAUGACCAAUAUCCAGGGUCUCUCGACUGUCGUCACCCUAUACCAGGCGGGAAACGGCAUCUAUAAUCUUUUUGAUAAAGUUUUGGUUCUGGACGAGGGAAAACAGAUAUUCUAUGGACCUUCUGCCGCAGCAAAGCCGUUUAUGGAAGACCUUGGGUUUGUGUAUACUGAAGGCGCUAACAUUGGCGAUUUCCUGACUGGCGUAACGGUGCCCACCGAGCGAAAAAUCCGACCUAGCUUCGAAAAAAAGUUUCCAAGAAAUGCCGAUGCCAUUUUGGUGGAGUACAACCAGUCCUCAAUCCAUGGCUCCAUGGUGUCAGAAUACAACUACCCCAACACCGAUGUUGCCCGCGACCGAACUCAAUCAUUCAAGGAAUCCGUCGCCUUUGAGAAAAAUAAGCAUUUACCGAAAAAAUCUGUCCUCACGACGAGCUUUAUGACGCAACUCAAGGCUUGUACCAUCCGUCAAUAUCAGAUUCUAUGGGGUGAAAAGUCGACAUUUUUGAUCAAACAAGUUCUGUCGCUCGCUAUGUCUUUGAUCGCUGGUGCCUGCUUCUAUAACUCUCCUGCUACCUCUGCCGGUCUUUUUACUAAGGGUGGCGCCGUCUUCUUCUCUCUCUUAUAUAAUUGCAUUGUUGCCAUGUCUGAAGUCACAGAGUCAUUCAAGGGACGACCUGUCUUGGUGAAACAGAAGUCCUUCGGAUUCUAUCAUCCUGCGGCUUUUUGCCUGGCGCAGAUCACUGCGGAUUUUCCAGUUUUAUUGUUACAGUGCACGAUUUUCACUGUUGUGAUAUACUGGAUGGCCGGACUCAAGGCCACCGCCGCAGCGUUCUUUACCUUCUGGGCCAUUCUGUUCAUAACUACACUGUGUGUCACGACCUUAUUUAGAUGCAUUGGUGCCGCAUUCAGUACUUUUGAGGCCGCUUCUAAGAUCUCGGGUACAGCUAUCAAGGGAAUCGUCAUGUACGCUGGAUAUAUGAUCCCGAAACCCAAGAUGAAAAACUGGUUCCUGGAGCUAUACUACGUCAACCCAUUUGCCUAUGCAUUCCAAGCGGCACUAUCAAACGAAUUCCACGACCAGCAUAUUCCCUGUGUGGGCAACAACCUUGUUCCGAGUGGACCAGGGUACGAAAAUGUUGAUUCUGCCAACAGAGCCUGUACCGGAGUCGGCGGUGCUUUGCCAAGCGCGGAUUUUGUGACAGGUGACCAGUAUCUUUCCUCACUGCAUUACAAGCAUUCUCAGCUCUGGAGGAACUACGGUGUUGUAUGGGGUUGGUGGGGAUUUUUCGCCGUCAUUACUAUCGUUUGCACGUGCUUUUGGAAAGCUGGCGGUGGCGGCGCUUCGCUGCUGAUUCCUCGCGAAAAGCUCCAGAAACGACAUACUUCUUUCGACGAGGAGUCACAGAAUCAAAUGACGGAACGAGCUAAAGACGCUGCCUCUGAGAAUGUAAUGGAGCAGGCGGAUGACAAUUUGGUCCGCAACACAUCCAUCUUUACCUGGAAGAACCUCACGUACACCGUCAAAACACCAUCAGGCGAUCGUGUGCUCUUGGAUAACAUCCACGGAUGGGUUAAACCAGGUAUGCUUGGAGCACUCAUGGGUUCCUCUGGCGCAGGUAAGACUACCUUGCUCGAUGUCCUCGCUCAGCGGAAAACGGACGGCACUAUUAAAGGUAGCAUUUUGGUCGACGGCCGCCCUCUGCCCGUUUCUUUUCAAAGAAUGGCUGGAUAUUGUGAGCAACUGGAUGUCCAUGAACCUUUUGCCACAGUUCGCGAAGCUCUUGAAUUUUCCGCCCUAUUACGGCAGCCCCGAACUGUUCCGAGGGAGGAAAAGCUCAAAUAUGUCGAAACGAUCAUUAAUCUUCUGGAACUACACGAUUUAGCCGAUACGCUCAUUGGCACAAUUGGAAAUGGACUCAGUGUGGAGCAGAGAAAGCGUGUUACGAUUGGUGUUGAACUUGUGUCUAAGCCAAGUAUCUUAAUUUUCCUUGACGAACCCACGUCUGGCCUGGACGGACAGUCAGCAUACAAUACUGUUCGUUUCCUACGCAAAUUAGCCGAUGUUGGUCAAGCUGUGCUGGUAACAAUUCAUCAGCCGUCGGCUCAAUUAUUUGCACAGUUUGAUACUCUUCUGCUUCUAGCACGCGGAGGCAAAACAGUCUAUUUUGGGGACAUCGGGGACAACGCAAAGACUAUUAAGAGUUAUUUUAGACAGUACGGUGCUGUAUGUCCUAUCGAGGCCAAUCCUGCCGAGUUCAUGAUAGACGUCGUCACUGGGGGCAUUGAAAGCGUCAAAGACACAGACUGGCAUCAAACUUGGCUCGAAUCUUCCGAAUAUGGACAAAUGAUGGCUAAACUUGACAACAUGAUCUUUGAAGCUGCCGCCAACCCACCUGGGGCUGUUGAUGAUGGCUAUGAAUUCUCAAUGCCGUUGUGGGAACAAAUCAGGAUUGUGACACAGAGAAUGAAUAUUGCCCUAUUCCGAAACACCAAUUACGUCAAUAAUAAAUUCUCAUUGCACGUUAUUUCUGCAUUGUUAAAUGGAUUCUCAUUCUGGAGAGUUGGCCACGGCGUUUCCGACCUAGAGCUUAAGAUGUUCACAACUUUCAACUUCGUUUUCGUUGCUCCUGGAGUGAUCAAUCAGCUUCAACCGCUUUUCAUCCAAAGACGCGACAUCUAUGACGCACGUGAGAAAAAGUCAAAGAUGUACUCCUGGGUUUCUUUCGUUGUUGGUCUAAUUGUGUCUGAGUUUCCCUAUCUCUGCGUGUGCGCAGUUCUCUAUUUCGCUUGCUGGUACUACAGCGCACGCCUGAAUGAUAACUCGAACCGUUCAGGUGCAAUCUUCUUCAUUAUGCUGAUAUAUGAAUUCAUCUACACGGGAAUUGGUCAAUUCGUCGCCGCCUAUGCACCCAAUCCAACUUUCGCGGCUCUAGUUAAUCCCCUCAUUAUCAGUAUACUGACCCUGUUUUGCGGAAUCUUUGUGCCUUAUAGACAGUUGAACGUCUUCUGGAAGUACUGGCUUUACUGGAUGAACCCUUUUAACUACGUUGUCUCCGGCAUGCUAACCUUUGGCAUCUGGGGUUCCAAAGUUACCUGUAAGGAAGAAGAAUUUGCCCUCUUUGACCCGGCUAAUGGAACAUGUGCCGAAUAUCUCCGGGACUACAUUGCCGGGGACGGUUGGCGGAUCAACCUGACAAACCCAGAUGCCACCUCAGGCUGCCGAGUUUGCGAGUUUAAAAAUGGCAGCGACUUUCUGACGACGCUUAAUAUUAACCACUACUUCUACGGCUGGAGAGAUAUCGGAAUUUCGGUGAUUUUCGCUAUUUCCGGGUACGCACUAGUAUUUGGAAUGAUGAAGCUUCGAACUAAGGCAUCUAAGAAAGCUGAGUAG